AGAUUAAUUCAGCGACUUUGGUCAGAUUGUGUCGCAGAGGAUUUAUCCUUAUAAUAAACGAAUCUUGAUUUAAUUACGAAUUGGAUACUACAUACGGUAAACAAGCACACAAUAUACCUAUUUGUUCUACUCGAGACGAAGUAUUAAUUUGAAAAAUUUAUUCAUUAGCAUUGAGUCCAAUCGGUGUGUAUUUUCUACGGAUAUAUCCAUUGAUUAAUUGCGUGCAAUUCGUUCAUUAAUUUCAACAUUUAUUCAUUGUUUGAUCAGAAGUCAACGUGGUAUUUUGGCAACAGCCCAGCUGUGUGAUUUUAUUGGUGAUUUACGAUAUCAGCAAAGAAUAUUCGACGUUGUUGGUAAGAAUUAAAUUCAUAUUCAUUCAUUACUUAAAUUUCGUCAUAAUUUAGCAAUUUCGAUUUAUUUACUAGACGAUUAUUGGUUCGAUUAAUUCAGCGAAUUGGUGAUACGGUUUCUUCAACUUGAAUUCAACACGACCAGGCUAACCGGGAAUUAUUUCGAUACUGUUUAGAUCUGAUUCUGACGACGCGGAUUUCUUUACCAGGUACCUAUUACUCUUUAUACGAUGAAUUUUCACAAUCUUAUUAAAUGGGAAGGAAACCGGUACUAUUUUUCGAAGAAAGAGAUGGACAAUGAUGUUCAUGAUGCUCGUAGAGCUUUCUACAAAGAAGACCUAUCUCUUUACAAGCCCGAAUUAAUUCAAGCAUAUUUCAACGAACCUAAUUCAUUCUACCGAUCGAAAAUUUUCGACCCUGAUAGACCAAUCACUAAGACGUAUGUCGACGACAUUAUUUGUGCAGAGCCUAAUAAUGAUUUCCCAACUGAUUUUAUCCAAUCCAUAGACAUAGAUAUAUCGGAUUCUGACACUAAUUCUAUUCAUUCUUCUAGAGUCAUGGAAUCGUUCAAAGUGCCUAUGUGUGAACGUUGCGGCGACGGUUUUGAGAUGCGUCAAGAAGUUGUAAAAAACGAGUAUUGCCCGCACGUAUUCCAUCAAACUUGUAUUAAAGAUGCAACAGAACAACGGACCCCGGCUGGAAAUUUUAAGACGGUGAAAAAUAAAUGUCCAAACAAAAAUUGCAACGCGCUCCUUGUACGUCAACGGUACAACUAUUUAUCCUUCCGUUUUGGUACACCAUCGUGUGUCUGUACGAAUCAAUCGCAUCGAAUCAGUAUUGACAACCAAGGAGAAAUAAUUCGUCGACAAUCCGAACGCAUUAACCAUCUCCAAGAAUCUCUCGAAGAUGCUGAGGCCAUAUGUGUCGUACGUUUGAAUAGAAUCUCGGAUUUGGAACAACAACUGCAUAAUAUCAGACGUGAAAAUGAAGUUAAUCAUCUCGACGAUAUUGAUGAAGAAUUAGUUCAAGAAAACGGUGAAUACGUCGAAGAUACGAUUGACGAUGAUACUAAUGAAGUAGACAAUUGCGUAAAUACCGGUACUAAUAAUGAAGAUUUGCAAGAUACAGUACAAACUGAAAACACGAGCCCAAUUGGACGUAACGACUUGAACGAACCGAUUGAUCGAUUAUCGUCGAUGUUCGCCGCGAAAGAAGCUGAAGAGCGUGAAUUCCAACGACAAUUAGACCUGCAAUUGGAUGCGCAAGAUGGCUUAAUUGCAAAGGUACCCAAUUCACUUCCUCCGGUCGAAAUAAUCGGCGAAGCUGGUCCAUCACGCCAAUCGACGAAUACUGAUCAAGCAUCGAUUUACGGUUCGACUUCAUCGUCGGUCAUCGUGUCGCCUAAAACUAUCGAGGAAAAUAAAGAAAUUUAUUCGAAAACAUCAGAAAUUAACCUCGAUGAUGUGAACAUGCCACCUGCUCAUCCGCCAGCAUUGACAGAUGAUGCUGCGCCAUCGACUUCACAAUUCCGCGACACCUUCCGCCCAAGCGGCCGCAACGUAUUGGGAAGCUUUUUCAAUGCACAUAACGUGCUAGUUAACCAUAUCGUUGCGCCAUCUGCAAACACUACACGUAUGUCGCGAGAUCCUCGGACCCGUAACGUUAUACCGCCACGCGUGGCUACUGUCGCCGAAGCUCAAAGACCGUUAAUGGACGAUGAAGACGCUCCGAAUGAAGACUUCCGCGAUGAACGUGAAAUACGUAUUUACGACGGAGGAGUAAAUGGCCAUUCAAUGCAAAGAGCGAUUUUUCCUAACCGCCGCAGUAAUAUUAUGGCAAUUCUUGAAAGAGCGAACUACCAUUAUGGUCGUCAAAUUCAACAUCAGCUGAGACAAGAAUUUUCAUUUCAAACGCAAGAAAUGUAUUCAUCGGUUUUUACGACUUGGUCUGCGAACGAUAACCAGCCAUCAACCCAUUGUUUCCUCAAUGGGUGGUGGGUGGUUGGUGAUGGCUUGGCACAUUCGUUGGCAAGAGAGCCUUUAAGAAGAAAUUCCGUUCUGAAGAAUCGGUGGGAUAGGUCAAGAUUUGCAGGGAGCUUCAUUAGCGCCAAAAGGCUGAUGCAUAAUAUCGACAACCAUUUGACGAACGUGCCGCCAUACGUAAUUCUCUCCAUGGGAACCCACGAUAACACGCUUGAAAAAGAAUUGGCUACUCGAUUGAACACCAACCUCGUCUUGAAAUGUUUACUUGACCACGGCGUACGGCGAAUUCUAGUUCUUCCGACCAUCGUAGCUCCUAGACGAGAAGACGCUCAGAGAUUGUUGGAAUACCGCGACUGGCAGAGAAGUAUCAUGCCUCAAAUGGAUACGGAAAGAAUUCAUUACCUAGAAUUCAUCGAAGAAACAAUCGAUCGCGUAGAGCCCUAUCAUUGCGAUAUGGGUGGUAUCCUAUACGUUCAUCCGUUCGUGGUAUUCGACGUAAUCUACAGAAUUAGCCAUCUUCUCGCCUACAGGCCAUAAAGCAGACAUUUACGUAAAUAUUUAUUUUUUAAGGUGACAUUUUUCAUUUAUUUUGUUUUUACUUUUUCGUUUGUCAAAUUGUGAAUUUAUUUUCGUUGAAUUGUUUCCUAUUUUUAAGUUGUUUAUUUGACAAGAAUGCGGUAAUAAGCUGAACAUGGAUCGGUAUUUGUUCAAUUCAAAGCUCGUUGUUUUUCGAUUGACAUAAGUACCUAUGUUAGGACUUAUGUUUUGUACCAUUACGCAUUCAACAAGAUUAUUUCUAUUUUUAAAAAUAAGCUAAUUUGCUCUACGAAGCACUUAUUUACGUAUUUUGCUUAUUAUGA